AUGGGCGGGGCUGAUGGCGGCAAGGGCGUGAUCUACACUCUGGCGGACGUCUCUAAGCACAACACACACGAGGACUGUUGGCUCGUCAUCGAUGGCAAGGUAAUUAGAUCCUUUCUUCUCCCUUUUCCUGUGUCGAUUUCACCAUUCUUGUUGCUGCUCCUUGUGUCGCGGCACCUCUUGACUGGGAUCCAGUGUGCUCGUUUUCUGUCUGAGUGGCUUGGUUAUGCUCAUAUCUGGAGAAUUCUUACUCUUGUGUAGUUAUCAUUCUUUUGAUUGGUCAAUUCUGAUUUGGUUUCUUACUGAUGGGAUUCGAGAAUGCUGUGCAUACGAUCUCGAACCAAAUUAGUUCAUUCAGAUCCAGGAAGUACAUUUCCUGAUGUCCUGGAAAGAGGGGGGGUGGGGUCUAUGAAGAUUUGGACAAAGGAUCCUUGAAUAUAUCCACCUUCAAACUCUGCCAAAGUGUCGAGGUAAAACGAUAAACAUGAUCAUUGACAGAUAAGCCUGCUUGGGAGGUUAAUUCCGUAUAAGUCUUGAGUUUACUCCUCAGUGAACUGUGUUCACUGGUGACGUUUUAUGGUCAUGUGCAUGCGCUCAAUAAACGGAUUCAGUUGGUAUACCAGGUAUGAUCAAACCUCCUCUUGACUGGUUGAGGUUACUUAUACUGAGUUUCAUCGUGUCCAUCUUAUCGAGUGCAACAAAAUAUUACGCAGAUGAAUUUUGAACUCUGGGGUUCGUUCACCGACAUUGGAAAAGCAUCACUUUAAAAAGGUUUUAUUUUUAUAAAAAAGGUGAUUUCUAGGUGCAAAAUUGGUGAAGAAAUAUUCUAGAACCAAAAUGACUAAUUAAGGACUCAGACAAUCACCUCAGUGCUGCCUCGUUUCUUAAGCGUAAUGGAAGAAAUUCAAGCUGGGAUUGGUUCACACCACCUUUUUUUUUCUAUUUUACUUGCUACAUUAAAAAUUAAACAAAAAAGAAAAACUGACAUUGUAAACUGUAGAUAAAAAAUGAAAGCUUCAUGUGUGGUCCCCAGGAAAUUUCCGCUGAAACUAUCCUCUGAUGAUAAAUUGAUCUCAAGCGAUACUCUGCCAACACCUUGACUAGGCAUCCAGUUGAAGACACUCAAUUUUGCUUCUUCCAAUCUACAGUUUGAAACCACUUUCAAGUGCCAAGCGAUGUUCCAUCCACAGUUUUCAUUCCCACUUCCUCUGCAUCAAUGAAAAAUGGCCUGUUAUGGGCAUCUGCUACCAUUUGGUUUCAUUCUUGACAUUAAAAACAACAAUCGAUCCUUAAAAUUUUAUUUCGCUCAAACUGCCGUGACUGUCUUACCAUCAUAGAAUUUAAUUUCUCUUUAAAAUGGCGGUAUCUGUUCUUAGAAUGCCCUAGUUAAGGAAAGGCCGUUUCUAUUUAAUGAUGAUGCACAUGAAAUGCUUCUGAUUAACAAUAUCAUUUUUAGCCAACAGUAUUUGCUUCAUAGGAUAGGAAAUGAAGAAUGUGGCUGUCUAUAUGUAUGAUUUAUGGAUAAUAAAGUGUGCAUCUUUUGUAGAUACCUUAAAUUUGUGAAAUGUCACAUGACGUGUAACCUGGGUGCAACGCUUUCGGAGGGGAAUAUUCUAGUUUUUUCCCUUCGGGUGAAGCAGAAUAGUCUGUUUCCCACAAAACUAUAAAGCACCGAAUCUCCCUUCUGAUGUUUUUUUCGAAGUCAUGCAUUAUGACAGAGAAACUGAGACUCGCAUGUGUUUGCGGAGAAUUCCUGGUCUAAAUUUUGUAGUUCAGGGGGAUAUUUCUUAGAAACGGUACUACUCUGUCCAGACCAAACAUCUCGAGCUUUUUUACCUUGCAUAGUCCCAGUUCGGCUCUCGAGUGUAGAAUCUUAUCCUCAUAUUGUCAGAUUGAGAGCCACAGUGGUUCUCUUAGAGAAAACAUCUUGCCAAGUCUAAUUGGUCCUCAUGAUGAAAUGCUGUUAAUAUUCUGUCGCUUAUAGACAUUUGAUUUCCCAUCCGAAGAAAAAUAAUCCCAUAGAUGCGUGCCCCAAGUUCCUCACUUGACAUGCUGGAACAGGUUUAUGAUGUUACAAAGUUCUUAGACGACCAUCCUGGUGGAGAUGACGUCUUAUUGUCAUCCACAGGUAACACGCCCUUAUUCACUCUUUCUCUCGGCAUUGGUGUUCAGUCCCCUGACACCGUCACCUGCUCAUGCCGCUGCCCUCAACAUGGCCCUUUCAGGAAAGGACGCGACUGAAGACUUUGAGGAUGUUGGGCACAGUACCAGUGCUAGAUCAAUGAUGGAUGAGUACCUUGUUGGGCACAUUGACACCGCAACAAUCCCCACCAAGGUUAAAUACACGCCACCUAAGCAACCGCACUACAACCACGACAAGACCACCGACUUUGUCAUCAGGAUCCUCCAGUUCCUCCUCCCCGUAGUGAUCCUCGGCCUGGCUGUUGGUGUCCGGUACUACACAAAAUCAGACUAG